AACUGUUAUCCUUAUUUGAGGUUCAUUCUCCCAAGACAUAAAUUACAAGUCCAAAGUCUGGGCCUUCAACCCAAGCAAGCUGGCUUCUCAACAGCAGAUUCAAGUUCAGGCUCCGCAUCCCGAUGCCAGCAUGAAUGGAAUAUCACUGAGUGAACUAUGUUGCCUCUUUUGCUGCCCACCAUGUCCUGGAUCCAUAGCUGCCAAGCUGGCUUUCCUUCCACCUGAACCUACUUACCAUUACGUGGCUGUGACGUCUGGUGGUAACGUAACCUACAAGGUCCAGUUCAAUGACAGGGCUGAGUGGCAAUAUGGAGAAAGAGAGAAGGAGCUUUUGGACGUGUCUUUCACAACAAACUCCCGAGGGAACAAGAUUGCUUGCAUGUUUGUCCGCUGUGCUCCAAAUGCCAAAUAUACCAUUCUAUUCUCUCAUGGAAAUGCAGUUGAUCUAGGGCAGAUGAGCAGCUUUUACAUUGGCCUUGGAAGUCGCAUCAACUGUAACAUCUUCAGUUAUGACUACUCUGGUUAUGGAAGAAGUUCUGGGAAGCCAUCUGAGAAGAAUUUAUAUUCAGAUAUUGAUGCAGCCUGGAACGUCCUCCUGACAAAAUAUCAGGUGCCUCAGGAAACAGUGAUUCUGUAUGGCCAAAGUAUAGGGACAGUGCCUACAGUGGACUUGGCAUCUAGACAUCAAGUGCGAGCUGUGAUCCUCCAUUCACCACUUAUGUCAGGGAUGAGGGUAGCAUUCCCCAAGACUACCAGGACCUGGUUCUUCGACCCCUUCCCAAGCAUAGACAAGGUACCGAAAAUCACUGCACCUGUCUUAGUGAUUCAUGGGACUGAGGAUGAAGUGAUUGAUUUCUCACAUGGGAUAGCUAUCCAUGAGAAGUGCCAGAAGCCAGUUGAUCCACUCUGGGUGGAGGGGGCAGGUCAUAACGACAUAGAGAUCUACACCCAGUACUUGGAGCGGUUGAGGAGGUUUGUCUCUGUGGAGCUGUCCAACUGACAAAGCGAGGCCUCUUUGGAGGACCUUGAUAUCUACCUGCAGGAAAGCCUUCUCUGAUCUCAGCGUGAUCUAUUGUUCCACAAUCAUGAGGAAAUAUCAGAGUUAUAAUAAUACUAACAUAAUUUGAGGCAUGGCAGAGAACAUGACUGCAUGUGGCUGCAUUUUCAUGUCUCUUGUUCAAAAAGACAUCUUGCUUGCGAAUUGAUACCUUGGUGACAUUAGACAAGAUACAAUCGUGGCUUGGAGGCAUCCAGAAAAAAAAUUUUUUGAUCAGAAUGUGUGGUGAAGAAGGUGCUCAAGUCCAGUUUUGUCUGCUUGCAAGGAAAUCCAGUGUCCCACCAUCAGAUUCUCAUAUUUAUCCUGUAAGCCAAAGCAAUUCUCAAUGUGAAGUUUAUAAAUAAUAUGCUGCCUGUUCCUCAUCCUCCCCAUCCUGUAUUUCAUAGUGUUCAUUAUCUGUUGAGUUUCUGUAUCAUGUGCAUAGGAUACUUGUAUGGUUAUUGAACUUCUUUUGCCAAAGGAAGUAAUUAGGGAGGUUGAUCUGCUAUGAGAAGUAUAAAUGCAAUUUGUAUGUUUUGUUUACUAUAUCUUUGUUGAAAUUCCUUCUCCCAGGUGGUGAUCAUUGACAGAUCUUUUCCAUUCAUGGCAAUUUUUUCUGUUAAAGUCAUAGCAACAACCAUCCUCCAUUGGCCCUUACUCCCCAGCCUCCUUUCAAUGUCCAGUUUAUUCACAAUUUUAUUUUCAAAGGAAUUAAUCACUUCACUACCAGUCUUAAAACAUGUGGCUUCAUGACUGAAGUUGAAUUACCCUACAUGCCUACUUAAUUCUUCCCUGUUUUGUUUCACCUCAGUGGUCCAGUCACAUGUUACAGGCUGAGAGUGAAGUGGUUAAUAAUUCCAUGAAUUUUUUCUUACUACUUCUUCAUUUGAUUCCUACUGUCUUAGCAAUAGGUUGGAAAUAUGAAGCAUAUUCCAUUUAAUGGAUCUCCCAGCUCCAGCAAAAUCCCUGAUAUCCAUAUGAACUAUGGUUUUGUGGACUUCUCCAGCAUCUUUUGCAUAAUUUGAUCAUGGCUCUAAGCUCUGAAGUACUUGUGGUAAGAGUUUUUUACUUCUACUGAGUUCAUUUAUCCUAUGCUGUCACUAUGAGUGCAUGUCUUGCCUGUGAUGGAGGAGUCCAAGUAGAAAUGCAACUUUGAGCAAAAACAGUAAAACCGCUUUUGAUAUACAAAGACCCAAAUUGAUCAGUUGUCCUUAAUGCCUCUUCCAAUUGAAGGAUUUUUUUUUACCCUUCAUAAGUGUGCCUGUACAACAGUUUGUGAACCCCUUUCACUUUUGUUGAGACUGAUUAUGCAUCAGAGUUCAUUCAGGGCUGAUGUCUGUAUCAUGGGUUCAUUGUGCAUUGAAGGAGAUCUAUACUUCCUUCCAAGACUUGGUUUUGGAAGGAAAUAUUCAGUUCCAGACCAGCUUGACGAGUGCUCACAUUUUGUGCUGUGGCAUCUCAUAUAUGUUACAUUUAUUGUUCAUGUGUACAUUUGCACUCACUGAACCACUCCUGUUUGUUUCCCUACAGGUUUUUUAUGCACUCAUGUUGUGGCAGUCAUCAUGAAAUGUGAGAGAAAAUGAUCUCACUCAAAUGGAUAAGCACUCUUGUCACAGGUACAGUCAGGAAAUCAAUUGGUAAAACAGCUCAUGACCUGAAUAUACCCACUUUUGACAUGCACUGAUAAUAGCAUUCUCGUGUCAAAAUCCAAGGUGCAGUUAAAUUGAAUAGGUUUUGCUUAGGAAGAUAGUUAGGCAUUCAAAUCCUGUGCAAGGGUGCAUCCAGAUAAGCCUCUCUUGACAUCAGUCAGCUUUUUUUCAUACCUCUACACGUAAAUGUGAUAACUUGCAUUCUACUGUUUGAAGUGUGGGUAUAAUUCAUUUACUGAAUGACCAUGAGUGACAGGGAUUUUCUUUUCCAAAGUACUUCUUGAUGUGUUUUGCAUGAGCCCCAUGCAUAAGAUGGAUGCAGGGGAACUGAAAGUGCUUAUGGAACCAGAAUAUAAUGGAGAUAAAAUUAACGAGACAUUGAAUAGGAUGCACUUGAAAAAACUCUUUCGUGAGCUUGGUCACUAUCAUAAGGUAACUGUGCUAGAAAGUGCUAUCUCUGCUGUACCAAUUGAUCCUCUUAAUGGGCAACAUUUGCCCUAUUCUUGAGAAGUACAUAGAUCAAUUGAUUCCUUUUAAUGAAAAUGAGUCUUGAUGCAGCACAAAAAGGGUUACAUUAUCCAAACCAGACCUGAAAAUAUGUUUGAUGGUUGCUUGUUUUACAAUAUUAGUUUGAUUCCUACGCUGUGCGUAAAAUUGUUGGAUCUGGCAGCAGCAGCUGUUUUCUGCUGUUUUCCCUUACAUUUGUUUGCCCUUUGAGAAUAUUGGUCAUUAGGUCAAGUGGUACAGUGUAUGGGGAUAUGUAGAAGCUAAACAUGCCUUCUCCUCUCUUGUUAUUGAAGUCACACAAUGAACCACCAAAGCAUCUCAAGUGUCAGCCAAGAGUGGGUGAGUAACCCUUAAUGGAAUGAAUGAAAUUGAUAUUAUUGUCUCUUGACAAAGUUCUGCAUUUCAUGAUGUCAUGUCAAUGGCUGCCUGAAUCAGACCUUUGACUGGUCUUGUGAUAGCGAUUCCCUCAUUUUUCAAUGUCCAUUUUUCCCAUGCCAUGGAUAUCUGUCCAUCUCCCUCAUCCCUUUCCAAAUAUUCAUGCUCUUAAGUAUCCUGAAAUCCUCUUGAAUAGAGAUAUCUCUCUUUCCAAUGUUAAUGGGUUUAUUUUCCCAUGUUUACAACUACUGUCUUGCUGUAAUGACAGAGAUAUGGUGUCUCUUGGCUUUGCAGCAUUGAUGUGAAUAUAGCCAAGUACCCAUUUCCUGUUACAGUCUCCUUCAUCUUCCAUUUCGAACCAGGGGGCUUUUAAUAACAUGAGCGCUGACUUCUUGUGAAUGCCUCACUGCUUUGCCCUUUCAGCGUGUCUCUUCUCAUCUGGCUCUGCCAUGGAAAGUUGCUGCUUUAUCCAAUUCGACAGUUAAGACCUGAAAUAGGGGGAUUUCAGACCCACCUAAAAUGGGUACUUUUAUGGUCAUGGGCUCCCAUCAGCUUCCUUUUCAAAUGUGCAAUUAUUGGGAAUAUAUUUGCUAUGCACUUCCAUGUA